AUGUUGGUAACGGAAAUGAAAUUUUCUGUUGAGCGUGAGUGGAUCAAGUCUGUUCGAUCUGCCGAGAAUAAGCCAAAUUAUGGCAUGGAGAAUAUUGCGAAUAAGACGGAUUGUUGGGGGAAGUCGUUGGCAAUAAACUGGAGCUUGUUGGGCCAUUGCCUGAUGGCCAUUUGA